AUGGAACAAGUGCUAUUGGUUCUCAUGUUCAUUUUUCUCAUUUGCCUAUGCCUUUUCUUUUGGCUGAAGCUUGAAAAUAUUCGACUAAAGUUUCGAAGGCAAGGGAUCAUAGGUCCUUUGCCUUCUCUUAUAACGGGUAACAUUCCAGAAAUAAAGCAGAUAAUGUCAGCGGUUCCAAAUUCUGAUCCUGCAAAUAAAGACCCGAAGGAUAUCUCACCAUUUUACUGUUCUUUAAAUCUCUUCCCAUAUUUCAAGCAGUGGACAAAGCAGUAUGGAGGAACAUUCAUGUUUACACUGGGAAGGCAACACUUCUUGUAUGUGACUGAUCUUAAACUUGUUAAAGAAAUAAGCAUAUUUAAGUCAUGGGAUUUGGGAAAGCCUGCUUAUCUUCAGAAAGAUCGGGGACCUUUACUUGGCAAGGGCCUUAUAUCAACAAAUGGUGCAGUUUGGUCCCACCAAAGAAAAACGAUAGGUCCCCAAUUGUACGUGGAGAAGGACACGGUGGACAUAAUUGUGGAAUCUGCAUGUACACUGAUUAAAUCAUGGGACAAUGUAGUCAAAGCAGAAGAUGGGGUUGCAGAGUUAAUUGUGGAUGAGUAUGUGAGAAACUUCACCUCUGAAAUAAUUUCAAAGAUGAUGUUUGGGAACAACUUUUUAGAAGGAAUGAAGUUAUUUCCAAAGUUUAAAACUCUUAUCGAUAUCAUGAGCAUACCGACCUUACUUAGUGGUAAUCCGUUUUCUAGGUUUCUUCCCACUAAGAAGAAUAGAGUGGUAUGGGGAUUAGAAAAAGAGAUUUAUGCAAUAAUUAUGGAUAUAGUGAAGAAACAUAAAGCAACUACUUCGGAGAACAUGUUGCAAACACUUAUGGAGGGUUCCAUGAAUGGUGAGCUUGGGCCAUCCACAGCUGACCAAUUUAUAGUUGACAACUGCAAAGACGUAUACCUUGGAGCCUUUGAAGUUAAUGCCGUUGUUGCAAUAUGGGGUUUAAUGCUAUUGGCCUCGCAUCCUGAGUGGCAAGCCAGCGUUCGCUCUGAGGUUCAAGAAGUUUGUGGGGAUAAACCCCCGGAUGCCAAUAUGCUUGGCAAAAUGAAAGUGUUAAGAAUGGUGAUUCAAGAGAUAUUGCGACUUUACCCAGUAGUUGCUUUUGUGUCAAGGCAGGCCUUGCAAGAUUUGAAACUUGGUGAUACAUGUGUUCCAAAGGGUGUUAACAUUUGGAUAUGGACGUUGGCAUUGCAUCGAGAUCCUGAACUAUGGGGACCUGAUGCAGACAAGUUCAAUCCCGAAAGGUUUGCUAAUGGAGUUUCUGGGGCGUGCAAGUCUCCACAAGCCUAUAUACCAUUUGGUGUUGGUGCUCGUGUGUGUCCUGGCCAAAACUUAGCCAUAACAGAACCGAAGGUCUUGUUUGCUAUGGUCGUAUCCAAAUUUAGUCUCGACAUUUCUCCUAAUUAUCGCCACUCACCUCGAUAUGGUUUCCUUGUAGAGCCUGAACAUGGGGUGAAUCUCCUCGUUAAAAAUAUAUGA